GCCUGCGCACUGUCCGCUAACUCGCUCUGGUCGCUGUGGUCGGGCUCGGGACCGGCUGCCAUCUUAGUCGAGGGACUGAGGAGUCGUCGCCGCCCCGAGUCCCGGUAACAUGCAUUUCACAGUGGCCUUCUGGAGACAACGCCUUAAUCCAAAAAAGUGACUUGAGCAGAGAACUUCAGGUUUGUUGUCCUGUUGUCCUGUUGGUGGUAUGUCUGACAGUGGAUCACAGCUUGGUUCAAUGGGUAGCCUGACCAUGAAAUCACAACUUCAGAUCACUGUCAUCUCAGCAAAACUUAAAGAAAAUAAAAAGAAUUGGUUUGGACCAAGUCCUUAUGUAGAAGUCAUAGUAGAUGGACAGUCAAAGAAGACAGAAAAGUGUAACAAUACAAACAGUCCCAAAUGGAAGCAACCCCUUACAGUUAUUGUUACCCCUGUGAGUAAAUUACGUUUUCGUGUGUGGAGUCACCAGACACUGAAAUCUGAUGUUUUGUUGGGAACUGCUGCACUAGAUGUUUAUGAAACAUUAAAGUCAAACAAUAUGAAACUUGAAGAAGUGGUUGUGACUCUGCAGCUUGUAGGUGACAAAGAACCAACAGAGACAAUAGGAGACUUGUCAAUUUGUCUUGAUGGGCUGCAGUUAGAUGCUGAUGUUGUUACUAAUGGUGAAACUACAUGUUCAGAAAGUACCUCACAGAAUGAUGAUGGCUCUAGACCCAAGGAUGAAACAAGAGUGAACACAAAUGGAUCAGAUGACCCUGAUGAUUCAGGGUCUGGUGAAAAUAGGAGAACCAAUGGGAACAAUUCUCCAUCACUCUCCAAUGGUGGGUUUAAGCCUUCUAGACCUCCAAGACCUUCACGACCACCUCCACCCACACCUCGAAGACCAGCAUCUGUCAAUGGCUCACCAUCUACCACUUCUGAAAGUGAUGGAUCUAGUACUGGUUCUCUACCAUCAACAAAUACAAAUACCUCUGAAGGAGCAACAUCUGGAUUAAUAAUUCCUCUAACUAUUUCCGGAGGCUCAGGUCCUAGACCAUUAAAUACUGUAACUCAAGCUCCCCUACCACCUGGAUGGGAACAGAGAGUGGACCAGCAUGGGCGAGUUUAUUACGUAGAUCAUGUUGAAAAAAGAACAACAUGGGAUAGACCUGAACCUCUACCUCCUGGCUGGGAGCGGCGGGUUGACAAUAUGGGACGUAUUUAUUAUGUUGACCAUUUUACAAGAACAACAACAUGGCAGAGGCCAACACUGGAAUCUGUCCGCAACUAUGAACAAUGGCAGCUACAACGUAGCCAACUUCAAGGAGCAAUGCAGCAGUUUAAUCAGAGAUUUAUUUAUGGGAAUCAAGAUUUGUUUGCUACAUCACAAAAUAAAGAAUUUGAUCCGCUUGGUCCUUUGCCACCUGGGUGGGAGAAGAGAACUGAUAACAAUGGCAGAGUAUAUUUUGUCAACCACAACACUCGAAUUACUCAAUGGGAAGACCCCCGAAGUCAAGGUCAAUUAAAUGAAAAGCCCCUACCUGAAGGCUGGGAAAUGAGAUUCACAGUGGAUGGGAUUCCAUAUUUUGUGGACCACAAUAGAAGAACAACAACCUACAUAGAUCCCCGAACAGGAAAAUCUGCCUUAGACAAUGGACCCCAGAUAGCCUAUGUUCGAGACUUCAAAGCAAAGGUUCAGUACUUCCGGUUUUGGUGUCAGCAACUGGCCAUGCCACAGCACAUAAAGAUUACAGUGACAAGAAAAACAUUGUUUGAAGAUUCCUUUCAGCAGAUAAUGAGCUUCAGUCCCCAAGAUCUGCGAAGACGUUUGUGGGUGAUUUUUCCAGGAGAAGAAGGUUUAGAUUAUGGAGGUGUAGCAAGAGAAUGGUUCUUUCUUUUGUCACAUGAAGUGUUGAACCCCAUGUAUUGCCUGUUUGAAUAUGCAGGGAAGGAUAAUUACUGCUUGCAGAUAAACCCUGCAUCUUACAUCAAUCCUGAUCAUCUGAAAUAUUUUCGCUUUAUUGGCAGGUUUAUUGCCAUGGCUCUAUUCCAUGGAAAAUUCAUAGACACGGGUUUUUCCUUACCAUUCUAUAAACGUAUCUUGAACAAACCAGUUGGACUUAAAGAUUUAGAAUCUAUUGAUCCAGAAUUUUACAAUUCUCUCAUCUGGGUUAAAGAGAACAAUAUUGAAGAAUGUGGCUUGGAAAUGUACUUCUCUGUGGAUAAAGAAAUUUUAGGUGAAAUUAAGAGCCAUGAUUUGAAACCCAAUGGUGGCAAUAUUCUUGUGACAGAAGAAAAUAAAGAGGAAUAUAUAAGAAUGGUGGCUGAAUGGAGGUUGUCUCGAGGAGUUGAAGAACAGACACAAGCUUUCUUUGAGGGCUUUAAUGAAAUUCUUCCCCAGCAGUAUUUGCAGUACUUCGAUGCAAAGGAAUUAGAGGUACUUUUAUGUGGAAUGCAAGAGAUUGAUUUGAAUGACUGGCAAAGACAUGCUAUCUACCGUCAUUACACUAGGACAAGCAAACAAAUCAUGUGGUUUUGGCAGUUUGUUAAAGAAAUUGAUAAUGAGAAGAGAAUGAGACUUCUGCAAUUUGUUACUGGAACUUGCCGAUUGCCAGUAGGAGGAUUUGCUGACCUCAUGGGGAGCAAUGGGCCACAGAAAUUCUGCAUUGAAAAAGUUGGGAAAGAAAAUUGGCUACCCAGAAGUCAUACCUGUUUUAAUCGCCUGGACCUUCCACCCUAUAAGAGCUAUGAGCAACUGAAGGAGAAGCUGUUGUUUGCCAUUGAAGAAACAGAAGGAUUUGGACAAGAGUAACUUCUGAGAUCUUGUACUGCCCAAGGACAAGAACUUAUUUUGCAGUGUUUGUCCUUUUCCUUCUCUGCCUAUUGCACAUCUAGUUGUAAAAUUGGACUAUGACUGUUGAGAGAGUUAAUCUGAGUGUAAGUAAGUUAAUGUUGUCAUUGAAAUUGAUCUCUUGGUGAUUCUGGAUUUCUGUUCAGCAUUUCCAGAAAUCAGAUCUAUGAACACUUGUCAGAAACUUACUUAACAUGAGAUUUAACACACAAUGAAAUCUGCCUUGUCUUAUUCCACUAGAUUGUUUCCUUAACAAUUUUCUAUGUGUGUCAAAGUCUCACUUGGGAGGUUUAUUUCCUUUUAGAGAUUCUGCAAAUAUGGAGGCAAAUCUCUUGGCAACUGCAAUAUACAAGAUCUUCCUAUUAAGCCUCUUGCUAAGGGGUAUUUAAUAAAAGUGCAAGCUUAGCCCAGCUUCUGGGCAUGUGAGAAAAUUGCUAGCUUGUGCUCUCCCUCUUAUUUCAGCCUGGCCUGACUGUUGUUUUUCAUUUCUGGAGCAUGAAUCCAACCAUCACUUUGAAGUUAUUCCUAGAAGUGAUGCAGGACUCUUGCAUCUUUCUACCAAGUAGUUUUGUGAAUAUGAAUUCAGGGAAAAAUUGGUCCCAGUGGCAAAUGACUUCAUACCUCUUCAUUUGGAUGUUUAUUUUGAUUGCCUUGCAAAUACUAUACUAUACAAACAAUAUCAACACUGUAGUUCCUUUACUGUUGGUUUUAAAAGUUACCCUAGAAUUGAAAUUAAUGUAGCUAAAUUUAUCUAAGGCCAUUUUUAAUUAUUUUUGUAUGACCCUAUACAUAAAUUGAAGCUUUAUCAUUUUAUCAUAAUCCAAAAACUUCAGUUGUAUUUAAUUACUGCUAAGGAGUCAAAAUUAUAACUAGAGUAUUUUCUAGUCUAAAUAGAGGUCAGUGAAACAGCUGAUAAAAUUACCUUUUCAUUUGUGAGAGCUAUUCUUCAUAUGAAUUAAAAGUCUCCAAGUUUAUCAUUUCUCCCACAGGUUGGAGUAGCCAUUUCCUUUUUU